AUGGGAGAAAAGCUGGAACUCAAGCUCAAGUCCCCGGUAGGAGCAGAACCCGCCGGUUACCCGUGGCCAUUACCGAUAUAUGAUAAACAUCAUGAUGCUGCUCACGAAAUCAUUGAAACGAUACGAUGGGUGUGUGAGGAAAUACCAGACCUCAAACUGGCAAUGGAAAACUAUGUGCUCAUUGAUUAUGACACAAAAUGCUUUGAAAGCAUGCAAAGACUAUGCGACAAAUACAACCGGGCCAUCGACAGCAUUCACCAGUUGUGGAAAGGGACCACCCAGCCCAUGAAACUGAACAAGCGUCCUUCCAACGGGCUGCUACGACAUAUCCUCCAGCAGGUGUACAACCACUCAGUGACAGACCCAGAGAAGCUCAACAACUAUGAACCCUUUUCUCCGGAGGUGUACGGGGAGACCUCGUUUGACCUGGUUGCUCAGAUCAUUGAUGAGAUAGAGAUGAUGGAGGAGGACACCUUUGUCGAUCUUGGCAGCGGAGUUGGGCAAGUAGUGCUACAAGUUGCUGCAGCGACCAAUUGUAAACACUACUAUGGUGUGGAGAAAGCAGACAUUCCAGCCACAUAUGCGGAGAGUAUGGAUAAAGAGUUUAAAAAAUGGAUGAAGUGGUAUGGAAAGAAACACGGGGAAUAUACACUGGAGAGGGGGGAUUUUCUGUCUGAGGAGUGGAAAGAAAGAAUCGCCAACACAAGUAUUAUUUUUGUGAAUAACUUUGCCUUUGGACCAGAAGUAGAUCACCAACUGAAGGAACGCUUUGCAAACAUGAAGGAAGGUGGAAAAAUUGUUUCCUCCAAACCCUUUGCACCUUUGAAUUUUAGGAUAAACAGUAGAAACUUGAGCGACAUUGGCACAAUAAUGCGUGUGGUGGAGCUGUCUCCUCUGAGGGGCUCGGUGUCUUGGACGGGAAAGCCGGUGUCCUACUACCUUCACACCAUUGACCGCACCAUACUUGAAAAUUAUUUUGCCAGUCUCAAAAAUCCUAAACUCAGGGAAGAGCAAGAGCUAACUCGGCGACGCCAGCAGAAAGAUACAAAGGAAAGUAAAAGCAAUAACACCACACCCACAAAGCCAAAAGAACCCCCAAAGCCGGAGUCAUGUGAUGAAGAGGAGCCUCCAAGCUUGGUGACGGUAGUGAAGCCCAGCCCCAAACCAAGAAGGACUCGGCUUUUGUCUAAAGGACGAAAGCUGAACAACAAAAAACGUGGUCGCCCGAAGAAGGCCGCUGUCAACACCACUGAGAAGAAAAAUAAGAAAAAUCAAAGUGCAUUGGAUUUGCUGCACGCCAAAACUCUGUCUGCAGCGCCCACUCAGGAUUCAUACCGGUCACCUCAAAGUCCCUUCUACCAGCUACCUCCCAUGGUUCAGCACUAUCCCUCCAGCCAAUUGCUGCUGGGUCCAACUCCUCCAGCUUUGCAGCAAAUGCUUGAUAACAUCAAAAUACAGUACCUACAGUUUAUGUCCUACAUGAAGACCCCUCAGUACCGCUCCAAUCUGCAACAGCUUUUAGAUCAGGAGAAGGAAAAACAUCGGGACCUGUCGGGGCAGGCAGAGCAGUUACAAGCUGUCUGUCAGACCCACAAGGAUAAGAUAAAAGGACUUUUUCAGAUGAAGCUUGAUGAGUUAGGUGUGAAAGCCUUGACAGCAGAGGAUCUUUUACAAGCGCAAAAGGAGAUCUCUGCCCACAAUCUCCAACUCAAAGAGCAGACAAAGCAGCUUGAGCGUGACAUGGCCUUAUUGAGGGACCAUAGCUUGCUGCUUCUGAAGACCCGAUGUGAAGAGCUGAAGCUUGACUGGGGCUCUUUGUGUUUGGACAGUUUGUUGAAGGAAAAACAGGCCUUGCGAAGACAGAUAUCAGAGAAACAGAGGCACUGUCUGGAAUUACAGAUCAGCAUUGUUGAACUGGAGAAGACCCAAAGGCAACAAGAACUGCUGCAGCUGAAGUCCUACAGUCCUUGUGAUGGCUCCCCUUACAGGAAGAACUUAGAGUCCCGAUCCUCCAUGGACAUGGACUCCUCAAAGAUGGGACUAUCUUCCGCUUCUUUGCAUAAUGGCAUUAGUCCAGAGUUAAAUGGAACCAGCCCUCCUUGUUUUGAACGCACCAACAUUAAGGGGGAGCUCCUCUCCCGAUACCUCCCAAUCUCCCCGGAUCAUGAGAUUGCUGCCUCUGCUUCUGACAUUCGACAGAGGCAGCAUCUCUCCUCUCACACGCUUCCAGACUACACACGCUUCUCACCAGCCAAGAUUGCCUUACGAAGGCAUCUCAAUCAGGAUGUGACGGCUGCCUCUCAGCUGAGAGGUCCUGGGAUGAUGACACACAGAGGGGAACUAGUUGGUAUUAAUCUUCCAGCCAAACAAAACUGUCCCUCCCCCGGAGCAACUGAAGCCACAAGUAGUACUGCUAAAUCCUUUGAAAGGGGUGGUAAAGAGAAGAGUCCUUCUCAAAGUGAUAACAGUAUUACAAGCCUUCCAAUUAGCAUCCCUUUGAGCACAGUCCACCCCAGCAAACUGCCCGUCAGCAUCCCCCUGGCCAGUGUGGUGCUGCCCAACCGAGCAGAGAGACUGAGAAGUACUCCUAGUCCUGUCCAGACCAAUGGUUACUCCUCCAACUCGGGGUUGAUGAAUGGACUUGUACACUCUGAGGAGCAUAAUGGUGCUUCUCUGUCUCCUCCCUCCCACUCUAACCCAGCCCUGAGCCGCUCUUCUCUACAAAGCCCCUCUCUCAGCACUGGCGGGGUGCUCCAGUAUGCAGAUGGACCACCGCGCAUUGUUCCAGAGGACGGCUCCGAAAACAGGGGAGGCGAAUCGGACAACGAGCCCCUGGAGAGUGACAUGAGGAGGAGGAUCUUCUUCUCCUCCUCCUCUUCAUGUUCUUCAUCUUCAGGUAGUGGCAGCAGCGCUACAGCAGGCUCCCGCCUCCACCAUCACACAGGCAGCUUAGCAAAGCAGGGUUACCAUGGCAACCACCACCACCAGUCCCCUGGCACACACCCCCACAACCCCACACACCCCUCCACUCACUCCUCCCACAGCCUGGCCCCUCAAGAGGGCCGCAAGCGGGGCAGGAGGAAACGUGGCUCCACUGGAGCUGUGACGGCCAGCACAUCCCCUAAAAGGAGGUCAUUUCCUGGACUGACCUCUGGCCAUCAUGCCUCAGGAUCCCCACUCAACAUCAGCUCAAUGGUCAGUAACAUUAACCAGCCUCUGGAGAUCUCUGCCAUAUCCUCCCCGGAGCAGUCUAGCAGCAGUCCGGUGGGGCUUGACCUGGACCAGCCCCCUGUUCUGAAAAGAGAGCGCCCCCUAGAGUUUAAUGGAGCUGGUCGAUAUUCUUCUGCACCCAGCUCAGAUGACGAGGAUUCUGGUUAUCCCGCUGACAGCUCCAGUGCAAGAAUUGAAAGAAAAAUUGCCACAAUAUCACUGGAGAGCAGAGACCUUCCCAGUAGAUUUGUGGAUACUGAAAGAGGCAGAAAAUCUGGGAGUAGCAGUGGCAACAGCACGGGCAGUGAAUCCUCAUCUGCUUCCUCAACAAGUAAAUGGAAAUCUACAUUUUCACCCAUUUCCGACCCAAAGCCGCCAGGCUCUGAGCUGAGAGCGGGAGGCUCUCCCUUUGGUGCGGGGGGGCCCGGCCGCUGCGCAGACUCUGAUCUGGACCACAAACCACAUGCUCAGGGGCGAAAAGGCAGUGAUGCGGAAUCCUCAUAUGUGAUGUCCAACCCAUUCCUCAGUCAGGACGGGGCUGUACGCGGGGCUGGGGGAGCCAGCGGAUCACAGGGAUCCAGUGGGUCAGAGGCACGACAGGCUCAGCAGAAGCAGAAGGUCCCUCGAGACUGGGAGUCCAAAACCAGUAGCAGCCAGAACCUGUUCAUCUCUGCUGCUGCCAACACUGGAGCUGGCAUACGGAGCUCUGUUUCCUCCACCUCUGGUGCUACUGUGGGCCAGUUCCUGAGCUCCCAGUUUCCACUUGGAGGGACCUCCGUCCUGCAAACACUGUUUGGGGCCCAGACUGGAUCCUCUGUGAACGGGUCGACGCGGCUUGUCAACGGGCAUUCAGCUCUUGGAAGCUUCUCUAGUGCUGGUUUAGCUGGAGGAGCUGCUGGAGGAAUUUUUCACCACGUGGUACCUACAGUGUCGUCCCAUCAGUUUGGGGCAGCGCUGGCUGCUUCUGGAGGCCUUGGCUCUCUGCUCAGUCUCUCCACCUCAUCCCAAAGCCCGUCCCCAUCCGCAUCCUCCCGACAAACUGCGGUGUCCUCUCCUUCUGCUCAGCACAGCCGCACACAAACCGUUCUGCACAGCGCCUCUCCCCCCUCACUCCCUCUGCCUCCCCUCCCUCCACUCCAUGCUGCUCCAUCUUCAGUGUCCACGCUACAUGAUCCUCAGGCCACAGCUCGCUCAGAGCGCCUGUCCCACACUGGCCUCCACCAGCAGAGGGUGCAGUCCUCCCAUUCCAUUCCCACCUCUGUGAGUUGUGUCUCUGCUGCUUCAGCCCCGCUGUCCUCAUCAUCCCGUCCCUUUGCCGUGCACUACUCGUCCCGACAGUCUUCCCCACAGCCCAGCAACUCUGCAGGCGGCAGUGGCCUGUGGAGGACUCAGAGCACACACAUGCACAGUGGCCACACGUCCCAUCUGCCCGGCUCCCGGCCCAGAUAG